AUGCCUCCAAAACCGAAAUUUGAUUUUUUUUCUGUAAAAAAUACUUUGUUUUUGCCUUACCUGCUUCUGAAUAAUUUUUUCAGGUAAUCAUGCCAAGAAAAGGUUCACCGCAGCCUAGUAGCAGUUCUGGUUUGCUUUCUCAGUUUUUGUAAGUCUGUAAAAUUUUUUUCAGCACCUGGCACUUCGAGUUCCAACGAUUUCGACAUUGUAGAUGGUUAUACGCAAAUUGAUGAGCCGUCCCCACUCGACAGAGUAAUUUUGGGCCUUCUGCAAUUUCAUCCUUCUUUAUCUCAUUACAGAUUCUUGGAGAAGGACGCAGUUACAACGGUGGAAACUGGACGAGCGAAGAGCUGAAAUCGCUGUUCUACGGAGUUCACAAGUACGGAACGGGCAAAGGAUCAAUCAAUUACAUUUUCAAAAACGUUGUAAAGACAAGAUCAGAGGAAGAAAUAAAGUGAGUUUAUCAAUUGACAAUAGUAAAAGCAGGCUUCAACUGAAGGGCGAAAAUUGAUGAAAUUCGCGAGAUGGUCAAAGAGCACAAGGAGGUAAUCCUUCCGGAGUUUUAUCAUAGAAAGUGGGCUGAGACUGGACACCGCUCUAUCGUUUCUGCGAUCGAAACUGACACGGAUGUAAAUGAGGACUGGAGCAGCGUGAUGUGCAAAAUUCUGGAUCAUCAUCAGCAGUCGAUUAACAAAACCAGAAACCCGAUGCGAGAGACUUUGGAGGUAUGAAAGAAAACUAUAUAACGUUAACAUUCAAAUUGUCUUUCACAGAGCGUGUUCAGAGAAUUGUCGGCUAAAGCCACAAUCGAAAAGGACUUGAAAGUGACUGACAUAGAAACAUCGAGAGCCACUGAAAUUGACAUCCAAGAUAUCCGCUGGCCCGUCAUUUAUCAGUUUAUGCAAGCGUGUACUUCGAUCCAAGAGGAUCUUCCGGCCCUAAAUGAACUUGGUUUUGUUCAAAUAACUAAAAAAUGACUGUAAUUUGUUUUUCAGAGUCUUCAAUUGUCGUGAAAGUGCUGGACAUGAUCGAAGACGAAGCCUCGACGAUUUCGGAUAAAGAUAAGGCUAUUCUGGCGGGCAUCUUCAGCGAGUGUCAGAUGGGAGACUACCGUUUCUGCGAGCAAGACUUUCCGCCGGACGUCAGGUCCGGAAUGCAGCUAUUCCUCGAUCCGCUCCGCACUCGUUCUCACGGAAUUCCCGAAGUGGCCGCCGAAAUCGAGGUGGUCAACGACAAGCCAACCACUCCUUCUUCUCGCUCUUCUUGA